UCACUUUCCACGGAACUUUAAAGGAGGAGAACUUUUUUUAAAAAGGUGGACUUGGACUCUCUCCCUUUCUCUCUCUCUCUCUCUCGCGCGCUCUCUCUCGACUUUGAACCUGUUUGUUUGCAACCCACGGACUUUAAAGCGCGCGCACCCACGCGUGAUCCUCUCCGGCCACACCACUUGUUCCACUUUAGGAGUAAAGGAGUUUUUUUUUUUUUUUUUUUUGGGUUCCCCGGACGAAGCGCCCGCGGAUGUCCCGUGACCAUGGACCGGCCAGGUGAGCCGGAGACGCGCUGAAGGAACCCCCCCUGGGCUGGGGAGAGAUGCGGAUCCACUCGCGCCUUUUCCCCGCCGCGGUGCUCCUCCUCCUCCUCCUCCUCCUCCUCCUCCUCGCACCUGCUUCGGAGGGCUGCGGGCCGGGGAGGGGGUACGGCAAGAGGCGGCUCCCCAAGAAGCUCAUCCCGCUGGCCCUCAAGCAGUUCAGCCCCAACGUGGCCGAGAAGACCCUGGGGGCCAGCGGGCGGCCGGAGGGCAAAAUCACGCGCAGCUCGGAGCGCUUCAAGGAGCUGACGCCCAACUACAACACGGACAUCAUCUUCAAGGACGAGGAGGACACAGGUGCGGACAGGCUCAUGACGCAGCGAUGCAAAGACAAGCUGAACUCCCUGGCCAUCUCCGUCAUGAACAUGUGGCCCGGCGUCAAGCUGAGAGUGACCGAGGGCUGGGACGAGGACGGCCAUCACUCGGAGGACUCGCUGCACUACGAGGGACGUGCUGUGGACAUCACCACCUCAGACAGAGACAGAAACAAGUACGCCAUGUUGGCUCGGCUUGCUGUGGAGGCGGGAUUCGAUUGGGUCUACUACGAGUCCAAGGCGCAUGUCCAUUGCAGCGUCAAGUCAGAGCAUUCCGUUGCAGCCAAAACGGGAGGUUGUUUCCCUGCCGACGCUGAAGUCACCCUUGAAGGCGGCGUCACUAAACAGAUGCGUGACCUCCGACCCGGCGAGCGGGUUCUGGCGUCCUCCACUUCUGACGGUCGUCACCGCCUUCUCUACAGUCUAGUCUUAUCGUUUCUGGAUCUCCAGCCCAACGUCACGAAGAUCUUCACCAUCAUCGGAACCAGCACUGGACGUAAUAUCACGCUGACGUCGGCACACCUCAUCUUCGUCACAGACUGUCGGGGCGGACCAAACAGGGACGGUCCGAGGACAACUUUUGCCAGCGAGGUCCGGCCGGGUCAAUGCAUACUAACCUCGCAAGGAACCGAGGCAACACGCGCUGUUGUGACUUUUGUAGAGGAGAGGCCGAGCACUGGCUUGUACGCCCCACUCACCCAGCACGGCUCCGUCGUGGUGAACAGCGUUCUAGCAUCGUGCUAUGCAGCUUUAGACAACCACCAUUUGGCCCAUUGGGUUCUUGCCCCGCUUCGUUUCUUCUACACCCUGAUGGGUCCAGCAGAACAACAAACCGAUGGAGUGCACUGGUACCCUUGGCUUCUGCAACGGGUCGGGGGAAUGCUACUGGACCCCAAACACUUCCACCCCUUAGGAAUUGAGCAAGGACUCUGACAGACGAAAACUGACGACAGAAAAGUGGUGGCUUUGCCCCCUUCUUUGUAUUUAAGAACACAGGAGCACGGAAGUAGCUUUCCACCAAAGAAUAAGUCUUGCCCCCACUCCAUUCCUUGUCUGUAUUUACUGUAAAACACAACAAAUAUUCAUUUUCAAGAGAUUAUUGACAUGUGCCAAUAAAGCACACAUGUAGUAAGCAGCAAUACUGACAUAGGGCCCUUUCUCCCAUGUGCUCAAAGGGAAAAAGUGCCAGAUUCUGGCUGCUCGACCUUCUCCUACUGGACCCAAGUCUGUCACCUUCAUCCAAGAUGCGCACUUUAGGUGGAGCAACCCUUAAAUUUGGGCGUUCACUUUCAAAUCUGGCCUAUCGACCUAAGUCACUUUGCUCUGAGGCUGUAUUGAGUCCAGCGCCCCUGUGGGGUGAAACAUUAUAUUGCGCUUAAAGUCUGGGUGCACACGAAAUAAAAUGACUUUCCAGAAAACUACAAAAAAGAUUUUGAGAGACACCUGGAAACAUCCAUUGAGAUGAGGAAAAAAUGGGCGAUAACGCUACCCUGUGUUAAGUAGAGGUAUGAAUCUUCGGGCAUCUAACAGUUCAAGCCGGUUCCGAUUCCUGGGGAACCGAUUCGAUUCUCAAUUCAAACCGA